GGGUUUAGUCAUCCAUUAGCCAUUGCAAACUCCAUAUAUAUAUCGCUUUGUUUUUUUCUUUCUUAUCUUUUGUAAUUUAAUAUCUUGUAACAUGGGAUUAGGAGAAAUGAGUAAGGACGUGACUAUGAAGGUGACGAUUAAGCUCUUAGCGAUGGCGAUUCUUGGGGGGACUAUGGUGAUUUGGAUCAUGAUGCCAACUUCUACUUACAAGAAGAUCUGGUUAACAUCCAUGCGUGCCAAGCUCGGCAAAACGACUACUUUCGGGAAACCAGGAGUGAAUCUUCUGGUUUAUAUGUUCCCGAUGAUUCUGCUGGCUUUUCUCGGAUGUAUCUACCUUCACUUGAAGAAGAAAACUAGUGUUGACCAAUUUCACAGUGUGUUGGAGAGGAAGAAGAGAGACAAGUUCGGUGCAUUGAGAAAACCAUUGUUAGUGAAGGGACCAUUAGGGAUAGUGACAGUGACCGAGGUUAUGUUCUUGACGAUGUUCAUGACUCUUCUUCUUUGGAGCUUAACCAAUUACUUUUAUUAUACUUUUGUCACCAUCACUCCUCAAUCAGCAGCAGUCCACGGAGAUAAAAUAAAACUGAAAAGAUGGGAAGCAAGACUGGAUUCAAUAUCAGUACGGUUAGGUGUAGCCGGGAACAUAUGCUUGGCGUUCUUGUUCUACCCGGUGGCUCGCGGCUCGUCGCUGCUGGCUGCAGUUGGGCUAACGUCAGAGUCAAGCAUCAAGUACCAUAUAUGGCUCGGCCACUUGGUCAUGACCUUAGUCACCAGCCAUGGCGUUUGUUACGUUAUCUAUUGGAUAUCCACAAAUCAAGUCUAUCAAAUGUUGGAGUGGGAUAGGACGGCUAUCUCGAAUUUAGCCGGGGAGAUAGCUUUAGUGGCCGGACUCCUGAUGUGGGCCACCACAUUUUCGGCAAUAAGAAGGAGAAUCUUCGAAGUCUUCUACUACACUCACCACCUCUACAUCAUCUUCAUGCUCUUCUUUGUCUUCCACGUUGGCAUCUCUUACUCGUUGAUCUCUUUACCCGGUUUCUACAUCUUCAUCGUCGAUCGUUUCUUGAGACUGAUCCAGUCGCAUAACAAUGUCAAGCUAGUCUCUGCUCGUGUCCUUCCUUGUGACACCGUCGAGCUCACUUUCUCCAAAAACCCUAUGCUGAUGUACAGCCCGACGAGUAUAUUGUUCGUGAACAUACCGAGUAUUUCCAAGCUUCAGUGGCAUCCAUUUACGAUAACUUCUAGUAGUAAACUCGAACCAGAGAAGCUAAGUGUUAUGAUAAAGGGCCAAGGCAAAUGGUCCACUAAGCUUUACCAGAUGCUUUCUUCUUCUGAUCAGAUCGACCGCCUCACUGUUUCCGUUGAAGGACCAUACGGCCCUACUUCCACUGACUUCUUACGACAUGACUCUCUAGUUAUGGUGAGUGGAGGUAGUGGGAUUACACCGUUCAUAUCCAUAAUCCGAGACCUAAUCUACUUAAGCUCAACUAGCACUUGUCAAAUCCCCAAAAUGACGCUAAUCUGUGCGUUUAAGCACUCCUCUGACCUCUCCAUGCUCGACCUAAUCUUACCCAUCUCCAGUGAGAUCUCCUCGUUUUUAGAUAUACAGAUCAAAGCCUUCGUCACCCGAGAGACAGAAUCAACUCACAACAAGAACAUCAUCAAACCUCUCUGUUUCAAACCAUAUGUCUCAGACAACCCCAUCUCACCUAUACUUGGACCCAACUCAUGGCUCUGUCUCGCCACCAUCCUCUCUUCUUCAUUCAUGAUCUUUAUUAUCAUCAUCGGAAUUAUCACGAGAUAUCACAUUUACCCAAUUGAUCAAGGCUUGAAUAAGUACACAUCGGCUUAUAAAUCUAUCAUCUACCUUCUAGCAAUCUCCGUUAGCGUGGUGGCUACGUCUUCAAUCGUUGUGUUUUCUAACAAAAAGCAGUACUGUACAAAAAAUGACCAAGUUGUCGAAGGUUUGUCUCCAUUGGUGACGGAAAGCUCUCCACAACAGUUGCUGUCGCAAUCCACCAGCAUUCAUUACGGAGAAAGGCCUAAUCUUAACAUUCAUUGUGUGAAAGCAGAGCUUCUAGUAGGUUUAAAAGGUUCGAGCGUGGGAGUUCUUGUGUGUGGUCCGAGGAAGAUGAGGCAAGAGGUUGCAAAGAUAUGCUCAUUUCGUUCGCCUGAGAAUCUUCAGUUUGAAUCUAUUAGCUUCAGCUGGUGAAUGAUUUUAAUUGAUAUUGAUAUUAUGUAACAGUUGUUUUGCUUGCAAAAAUAAGUAAGAGUGGUUUAGAUAGUACUA